GAUAUCACAGGCCUUAGAGCACGCCAACAAAGUACAGUAUAUUCCCGUCCGGAUCCGCGGGGAUGGGAGAGGGGGAAUGCGGGCAGAGUGAGAGAGGGAGCGUGGGGGAGCUCUCGUGACGUCACACGCCGCGCUGGCUCGCCGUAGAGAAAGUUUCGUGGCCCCCUCCUCCUUUUCUCAACUCUACUGUUGUUUUUGUUGUUGGGGUAAAAGUUUGCUUGUGUGAAUGUGCGCCUCUGCGAUUUUCUCGAUCCCUUCGGCAAAGGGAGGAUAAUUUCGUUUAUUCGGAAAGAUCGCUUAAUUUUCUUUCCUGGGGUAGCAAAGGAAGCGAGAAUACGAGUACGAACGCCUUUUAACCGGUCAUUGUCUGGCUGAAGCGGACCGAUCGCGUCUGCCCCCCUCCCCAUCCUCUCGUAUAGGUCUGCGGGACAGAGGAAAAAGGGACCUGGCGCAAUGGCGGAGACCAAAAUAAUAUACCACAUCGACGAGGAGGAGACGCCGUACUUGGUCAAGAUUCCCGUCCCUGCGGAAAAAAUCACGCUGCUGGAUUUCAAACAGGUCCUGAACAAGCCCAACUACAAAUUCUUCUUCAAAUCCAUGGAUCAGGAUUUCGGGGUGGUAAAGGAAGAGGUCUCCGAUGAUUCUGCCAAGCUGCCUUGUUUCAACGGGAGAGUGGUGUCCUGGCUGGUGUCCUCAGAUGGUCCCAACCCAGAACCCCCUGCUGCCGCCCCGGCCCCGCCAGCGGAGGUGCGACCCCCUCCAUCUCCGCCCCCCCCACCCUUGCCCCCUCCACCUGCUGAGAGGGUCAGUGGCAUCGGGGACUCCAGGCCCCCAUCUUUCCACCCCAACGCCCCACCCAGCGUGGACACCGUGGAUGACCGCACGGACACGGAGUCGCUGGUGUCCUGCCGUAGGCAACGGCCGCGGCACAGGGAGACCCAGGACCCACACGGGCCGAGGAUGAAUGGGCAGAGCCGCCUGGAGCGCCACCUAGCGGGCUAUGAGAGUGCCAGCACGCUCAUGAGCAGUGAGCUGGACGCGACCAGCUUCUGCGACUCGGAGGACGACGACACCAUGAGCAGGUUCAGCAGCACCACAGAGCAGAGCACGGCCUCCCGACUCCUGAAGCGCCAUCGGCGCCGUAGGAAACAGCGCCCCCCGAGGCUGGAGAGGGCCUCCUCGUUCAGCAGUGUGACAGACUCCACCAUGUCCCUCAACAUCAUCACUGUCACCCUCAACAUGGAGAAAUACAACUUCCUGGGCAUCAGCAUCGUGGGCCAGAGCAACGAGCGGGGGGACGGUGGCAUCUACAUCGGCUCCAUCAUGAAGGGCGGAGCUGUGGCGGCCGACGGGCGCAUCGAACCGGGGGACAUGCUGCUGCAGGUCAACGACAUCAACUUCGAGAACAUGAGUAACGAUGAUGCAGUCAGGGUCCUGAGGGAGAUCGUGCACAAGCCGGGGCCUAUCAUCCUCACGGUGGCCAAAUGCUGGGAUCCCUCCCCUCAGGGCUACUUCACGCUCCCGCGCAACGAGCCGAUCCGGCCCAUCGACCCGGCCGCCUGGGUCAGUCACUCGGUAGCUCUGACGGGGACCUACCCCGUAUACCCUGCUAGCUCCGCCCUCAGCUCCGCCCUCAGCUCCGUCACCUCCGGCUCCUCCAUCACCGAGACCGAACGCUUUACUGACUUCAACCUGUCCCUGCACUCGGACAUGGCGUCGGUGGCCAAGGCGAUGGCUUCCCCCGAGUCCGGCCUGGAGGUCAGGGACCGCAUGUGGCUGAAGAUCACCAUCCCCAACGCCUUCCUGGGCUCGGAUGUGGUUGAGUGGCUGUAUCACCACGUGGAGGGCUUCCAGGACCGGCGCGAGGCACGCAAGUAUGCCAGCAACCUGCUGAAGGCUGGCUUCAUUCGCCACACCGUCAACAAGAUCACCUUCUCCGAGCAAUGCUACUACAUAUUCGGGGACCUGAGUGACUGUGAAAACUACAUGGCAAAUCUCACCCUGAAUGAUAACGACGGCUCCAGUGGGGCAUCGGAUCAGGACACCCUGACUCCCCUGCCCCUGCCGGGGGCCACACCCUGGCCCUUGCUCCACUCCUUCCCAUACCAGUACCCCCACCCCUACUCCAGCCAACCUCCGGCCUACCACGAGCUGUCCAGCUACAGCUAUGGACCCGGGAGCGCAGGAAGCCAGCACAGCGAAGGGAGUCGGAGCAGCGGCUCGACGCGGAGCGAGGGCGAUAGGCGGCGGGGGAAAGGAGGCAGCUCAGGGGGAGGCACCCGGGAGGAGAAAUCGCCGGGGGGCGGGGCAGACUCGCGCUCCGGCAGUGGCAGCGAAUCGGAGUACUCCACCCGCAGCAGCCUGAGGCGUGACCACGGCUCGGCCACGCCCAGCGAGCACAGCCACCUGAGCCAGCGCUCGCUGCCCCGCGCCCCACCCCCGCACAUGCCCUACCCGCCCGGGAUCCCCCUCCCCUAUAACCCCAUGAUGGUCAUGAUGGUGCCACAGCACCCCCUGCCUGCGGUCGGCCCCCCUCACCCCCAACACCCUGCUGGUCCUCCGGGCCAGGUCCUGACGCCCUCCACGACCCCAGGGGGGCCGCCUGGGGCCCCUCCCACCCGCGACCUGGGCUCCGUGCCCCCCGAGCUCACAGCCUCCCGGCAGUCCUUCCACCUGGCCAUGGGAAACCCCAGCGAGUUCUUUGUGGAUGUGAUGUAAUGGUGUGUGUGUGUGUCUGUGUGUUUGUCUGUGUCUGUGUAGGGUGGUUGACAGAGCAGGGGACCCAGUAGUCUGACUCGGUGUUCAUCCACAGAGCCGGAAGCAAUUGAAGUUGACCCACAGAUCACUGUAGGUGUCUUGUCAAAAUGACCAUCUUCUGAACCACGUCUCAUGGAAGCCAUCUCUGAUCUAUCUUUGCACCUCUGCUGUGGGUGUCUGAAUGUCCCCAUGUCCGUCGUGGUCGGACUGUGCCUGAAACAGAAGAAAUACAAAUACAUCACUCUGCCCCCUCCCUUCCCCCCAACAGCAAAAAAAUGUUAGAAUAUUGGAUAGACAGAUAUAUUGCUGAUUAAGUCCUCAAGAAUGACUUUUGUUUGGUUCCCCUCUGGUGUUUUGUGGCAGGUACUAAAUAGCAUUUCAGCACCCCCCCCCCUCCCCAAAAAAAUAACCGCCUGCAAUGACAUGUGGUCAUUUAUGUUAUUGAACUGACUAUUUUUCAUAUGGUGAAAAGUCUUUAAAAGGCUACAUGUAUUCGGUGAAAAGUAAAAAUGCAUUUCCGUCACAGCUGUGGUGUAACCAAGCCCAAGAAAGCGAAGUGAAACGGGUAGAAAUGGCUGUAUUUAUCCUUUUUCAGGCAAUCGCAGUACUGUAUACGAAUAUUUGUUUUGAAUACGACGUUGUCACCGCCGAGCCAAAACAAUUAAAAAAUAAAUGUGAAUUUUAAUUUCAUUUAAUGCAGAAAGUAAUAUUUACCGUCCCUUUCGUUACUGAUCGCGAUUUUUAAAAAGCCUGAAUAUUGUGUGUAAAUAUCCCGUUUUUAAGCCUUUAAAGAUGAACCGCACCAGAGUUUUAACGUUGAAUUAGCACAGAUACUGAUGGUAGAUAUGCACAGCUUUCGGUGUAAUUUAAGUGAACAAUGGAAGACAACGGUCCACGGUACGUGGGACAUACCAAAAAAGGUACUUUUAAUUUUAGAUGAAGUAUAAAAAAAUAACGACGAACCUAUUAGAUUUCCAAAGGAUCCCUCCCGUUUCAUGUGUUACAUGAUUGUUUCAUGGGUGCUUUCAUUGGAAGAGUACUUUGGAAGUGUGUGUUGCGAAGUAUAACACAAUGAUUUAUGGCAACUUUGUCUUUAUCGCCGUUUUCAAUAUUUGAAAUAAAUUUUUACUAAUUUGA